UUGCGUGCGCAUAUCCUCGGGAAUGGGAAAGAGCAAAAACAAGAAAAAAGAGUAGAAAGAGUAGUCAAGUUGUGUUGUUAUGUGUUGAUUUUUGAUUUAAAGUUUAUUGUUGAAAACGACGUAAAUAAAAUGUUACGCAAUACUACGAGGGUAUUGAACAAUUCGGAUAAAAUUUAAAAUACAUUCGUUGUUAUCAGUUUCUCCAAAAGUAAAUGAAGAUAUUUGUUUGGAUGCGUCAUUCUAACCUUAAAGGAAAAUACUUAUAUAGUGAUAUAGAUGAUAUAAUUCUUGAAUACUAGCAGACGAUUUUAUCGGGUCGAAGUUCAAGUAAUUUACUUUAUCAUCUUGCCUCAUUGAUAGUCACUUCGUACUUCCUCCUCAGCACAGACAUGCUUGAUACACGCGAAAUUCCUUUUGACUCAUACGUCAGUCUUUGUUUUGUCACUUUCGUCAAGGCAGCAGUUUUCGACUCCUACGAUCAAUCUAGGUGAUGAUUUUUUUGAACCAUGAUCGUAUGCAACGAUUGGAUGCUCAGUAAUUACGCAAAGUGUCAAUUUAGCAAUGAUUUCCCUCCUGAGAAAGGUGAAUUCUGCAGCAAACAAGAGAGACAUUCUUGUUCGGGAGUCGCUCCAAAGGCAAUUGAAUGCUUGCGUUAUGGAAAUGCAAAGUGCGCCAGGAGUCGUAGAAGGCAUUCCCGUGUCGAACUGCGAAGAAACAAUCGCACUUUGUUCCGUUUUGGAGGCAAUUUUUCUUCAUGGACUGAAGGACAGUCUUCUGAAUAGAGUGACGGAAGCGCUGAGUGGUCCCGACUUCGACGCAAUGCCACAGCCGAGUUUUUGGGGACCGUUGCUCGUCUUUUCCCAUCGACAAAUUAUAGAUCAAAUACAGGCGCUGCCUCAGGUCACGACUGAGGUCGGUUACUGCAGGGCUUGGAUUCGAAUCGCCUUGAACGAGGGCUUCUUGGCCAGCUACUUCAUGUCCAUUCAUCGAGAUAAUUCUGCACUGAAACCUUACUACAACAAGGCAGCCUUCAUCAGAGACUUGGACCUCGUUGAAAUUACCCAAAAGUUGAUUGAGAACAUGGACUACGUUCGAUUUGAACUGGCCUGUAAUUCGAGUCUGCUGAAUUUUUGGUCAAGCACUCCUCUGUUAAUGGCGGCAAUUUGGUCUCCUCCACUCAAGUCUUGUCCAGUUUUCAGUGCAGUUGAUAUCGCAAAAACCAUCAGCAACGACAGUAGCGACACGUUCGAGGAAAUCGAAACGGCGAGUUCUAUUGGAAGUUUAGGUUCCUUCAAUUCCUCUUUAUCAACCAUUAACAAUAUUGGCUGCCUCUCGGAGGACGACGCUCUGAAAAUUAUUUUGAAAACCAAACACAGAGAGUUGCAAAAUUCACAAGACAUUGCAAUCGGAACCGAGUCAACGGACGAUGAGGUAAGGGACGAUUUCAAACGAAGGGAGGGAAGAAGGAAAGAGAGGCGAGAAAGAAGAGAGGUUCAUGAGAAGAAAGAUGCAACAGUGGAUGCAACGAGGGAAAGCAAUGUGGAAGAUGAUAAUUUAAAGAUUCAGGAAAAUGGAACUCACGAGCCAGACUCUCAGAUUGAAGCAGAAUUGAAGCAGAAUGUCGAUGAUGAGACAGAACCCAGUAAAAACGAAGCACAAGGAGUGGGCAAUUCUCUUGCAGGGAGAUUAGGCUGGUCCACGUCUUUCGAAGACUGUGCAUCUUCUUUGACGUCAUCUGUGAUAUCACAAACUUCUGACAAUAGAUACACCCCAGCAGAAGCUCCCACUUACGAUGCAUUAAUCAAAAGCUACAAUCCUGCUGGAUACAGUCUGUCUCCAGAUCUUCAGGAACUCAUCAACACUUAUCCACUCAGUCAACCUAUCCCUGUCGAGACGAUUGCUCCUUCCGCCAAUGAACAGAUGUCUUUGAGCUUUGACGAGCAACUAGAAAGAAUCCCACGGGAACGUGGACUCGACACUCAAAACUACAGUUGCUACGAUUGUGGACAAUCGAUAGGAAUGACUUUUGCAAAAGCUCACGUCUGCUUUUUCUUUGGAGGUUACUACUGCUCAAACUGUAUGUCGGAUGAAGAAUUCUUGAUUCCGUCACGAAUCAUACACAACUGGGAUCUAAAGCACUAUCCAGUUUGUCAAAGAGCUGCAACAUAUUUAUUAAAUUCCUCAGCUCUAUUGGACUUGAAGACCAUUAAUCCGAAAAUCUACUCGGCUGUUGAGCAAAUGGCUCAACUUCAAACUUUGAGAAUUCAAUUGAAUCUGUUGCGCGCCUAUUUAUUCACUUGUCGAGAACCUGUCAUUGAAUCGCUGCAGAAAAAAGUAUUUCCCAGAGACUAUUUGUACGAACAUAUUCAUCAAUAUUCGGUGUCUGACUUGUUGGACAUACCAAAUGGUGCGCUGGCUCAACAGCUGCAAAAAAUCAUUGAAUUCGCUAAAAGUCAUGUGAUGGGCUGCUGGCUUUGCAGUCAAAAAGGCUUCAUUUGCGAGGUCUGCAAAAAUCCGAAAGUUAUCUAUCCAUUUGAUUUGGACUCGACUUAUCGGUGCGGAGCGUGUAAUGCUGUUUUCCAUUCAAGCUGCUUAAAUUCUAGUAAACUUUGUCCAAAAUGUGAGCGAAGACGAAAAAGAAUGGAUCCUUCUCAAUUGGAUGUAGGAAGUUCAGAAUUGCCGCCAGAAUCUAUCAUCACACCUCUAUUAAAUUAAUUAUUGUUAUUAAAUAUUUUAAACAGUAUUAUUGAUUUAGACAAUCGAUAAAAUUUUCAAACAAAACAUUAUUUAACAUGUUAAAAAACUUACUUGUAUAAAAGAUAAUAUUUUCCUUAUUUACAGAUAUGAAAAUCAUAUUUUCUUCUCAGAAUACUUUAUUAAUUUAAUUUUUCGAGUUUUCUUUUUUUUUCUUUUGAACUGUAAAUUCUGUAAUAGUUUAUAUGAUAGCCUUUAUAAAAGGCUACACUCUCUAUAAUAGACUAUAUUUUCUAUAAAUAGUUCAAAUAAAUUUCUUUUAUUUAAC